AUGAAAAACGUUUCCACUGCUUGGGCGUUCACAGGUUCCGAAAACCUCCGGUUAAGCAAUGCAGAAGACCAUGAAUCCGGAGAACCUCAUAAGAAAGCAAUGGAUCUGUAUUUAAGUGAGAAGGGACUAAGUGCCACGGACAGAGCAGAGUUUAUAAGUACUCCCGGACAACAAAACAUUGCACUUAGUAUUGCCAACAUGCAAGCCAGUGCCAAGACAAGAACAAAAUUCGAAAUCGCACACUUCAUUGCAAAAGAAGAACUUCCGUUGAAAAAGUAUCCCAAACUUUUAAAUUUGGAAGAAAAGCAUGGCGUCGAGAUUGGCAACACCGAAGUAUAG